AUGGAAGCUGAAAAUGUGAAGAGGAAACUCGAAAGGGAUAAUGAGAAUGAAAAUGGUGGAGCGGGUGUUUACUCUGCAAGUUUAAAGAAACAUUAUCUUUUAGCUGAUGAUGAAUGGAAGGAAGAUAACAUGCCUGAAAUACUCGAUGGGCAUAACGUGUAUGAUUUUAUUGACCAGGAUAUUGUACAGAGGCUCGAGGAAUUGGAGAAAGAAGAAGGGCUUCUUCAAGAACAGGGAGAUGGAGAAGAUGAAGAAACGGAAGGUGAGGAUUUGACUCCAGAACAACAGAAAGAGCUGAAUGAAAUCAUGAAAAAUAAAAUUAUAUUAAUUCGUGAACAUAGAAUCAAGAAAAGCAUAACAGAAAGCAGACCAAUUGUUCAUAGAAAAUUCGAUAAAGACAAAAGAUUUACAUCAGAAAGAAUGGGGAGACAGUUGUCAUCAUUAGGGCUUGAUCCAUCAAAAGCGAGGAAAAGGGUGAGAAGUGAGUCAAGGGGUAGAAAGAGGGAGAGGUCAAGUGAUCAUGGUGAUGGAAUGGAUGUGGAUGCUGAUGAAGGGUCGAAUAAGAAGAUGAAGAUUAGGUCAAAGUCAAGGUCAAUGUUGAGGGCAAGGUCAAUGUCAAGGCCACCUGUGCAUGAAUUGGUUCCAGGUAAAGGGUAUAAGGAUUCAGCUCAAAAGGUGAAGGCGUUUAAAAUGGGAAAGAGUUCAGUUCAUAAGAGGAAUAAGGCUGCUAAAAAGGGUGAGGGCGAUAGAGUCAUUCCGACAUUGAAGCUGAAACAUUUGUUCUCUAGGAAAUGGUUGCAGAAAGUAUUGCUUCUAAAAAAGAGGAGGUACGACAAGAUAAAGGUUUCUUUAAUAUGUGGGGAUACCAAAGUGAUUGCUCUAGAUGUUCAAUCUGUACAUAAUGCGGUUUACACCAUGGAGAGUAGGUUGAGUAGGGUUGAAUUGAAACAGGGAAAUCCAUCAAGUUCAUCAAGGCCAGCUCUUGAAUUACCACAGAGGGUAAACUUCUAA